CCGUUCAUGUCAGUCUGACUGGAGCAUAACGGUCCUCUACAGAACAUUCACAUCUACAGCAGGAAACAUGAACAAAGUCGUUUUCGGCUUGUUUGCAGUCGCCCUGUGUUUGACAGUGGGUCAGGCUCUGCAGUGUUAUGAGUGUGCAAUUGGUAUUUGGAAUCUAUGCAAUACAAAAAAUUUGACGUGUGAUGUUGGGACUCAGUGCUUCUCUGGUGUCGGGAAGGCUGCUGGGAUAUUGCCGAUUAAGUCCAAAGGAUGUCUCGAAGUGGCCAAAUGCAACAGAACUGAAGACAUACAUUUUCCAUCUACCUCAAACUCCUCAGUCUACAAAAUGACCAAGACCUGCUGCAAUACUGACCUGUGUAACUCGGCUAUGGGUCACCAACACCUGUCUGCUGUCAGCUUGACCUUUCCCACUAUCACCUCUGUGCUCAUGGUCAAAUUCCUCAUGUGAGGAACACCAUUUCAGUUCUCUCUCUCUCACACACACACACACACACACACACGCGCACACACACAAAAUGUUAAAAAAUGUACAUUUAUAUGAUUCUCAUCAAUCAUAUUUAUGCAAAAACACAUCCAACAUAUUCCUGAGAAAAAUUUUGUGUACAUCCUAUACUGGUCAAUUUAAUAUUUGUUUUCCCCUGUUGUCAAAUAUUUAAGAGACUUAAAAUUAAGGCAGUUAUGAACUUGGUGCUUAAAAUUGGUCUGUACACUGGAAAUUUGAUCUGCUGUCAAACAUAAAUUCAAGACCAGUCUGUCCUUUAAACAUAUCUUCAAAUUAACACAGAAUUUCAAGGUGGAAUCCAGGCAACUACUGACCUGGUUCUUGUGAUGUCACUGUAUGACAGCGCUGCCAGGUUUGUGACUAAUAUUCCAUAUACCUUAGACAAUAUCCUCACAGAUGAUUUUAAAUACUAUGACUAAAUCAGACCAGGAAACAGCACAAAAACAUUUGUAAUGUCUGAAUGAGAGAUUUUUAUGGUGAUGUACCGGUGGGCAUGUGUUCCUGCCGGUCACACAUCAGACUCGCCGGUGUACCGAGAUGAAUCGUGGAUAAAAUAUAUUUAAUGUCUUUGAAAGUUCAAUUUGGCAAUAUUUGUGAUGUCUUCAGACCCAUAUGAACUUUUCCUAGGACUUGGCAUGGAUCAAAAGCAAUUUGUUAUGUUUUUCUUGAUAUAGUUUUUUGUGUUUUUCCAUUCACCACCAUUGUUUCCUCCCGCUGAGGCUCACAAAUAUGGCAGCAGUGGGAAAAAGUGACGUCACUGAAACAGGUCAAUAUACAGUAGAAAAUGAGCAAUUAAGAACAUUCAGCAUAAUAGAACACCAAACAACUGAAACAUGUUCCAUUAAACACAAAAUCAACACAUAAAACAUUCAACAUAUAUUAAAACCAGUCAUAUGUAGUUAGAUUGUGUCAUUCUACCUGUUAUGAAUACACAUUCAUACAAACACCCAUAUUUCCACAUGCACUUAAACCUUGUUAAAUAAACUUGUUGACAGCAGGUUGCUGUGUAUGUUUAUGACUUUAUUUCUCAUUAUGUUUUUGUUAUUUCAGUUUCAUAUUCUGUUUGAAAUUAAACUAGACGUUGUCAAAACAUGAAUGCAUAAAUGUAUCAUACAUGAAAUUAUUAAAUCACUUAAUCAGAAAAUUUGGGGGAUUUUUCCAUAGUAUUUUAUAUGUAUUCCUAUUCAUUUUAAUAUGUCAUUUUCGUUUAUAAUAAGCUUUUUUUCACAUAGGCAGUUUUGUAGAAAAAUAAGAAAAGAAAAAAAGGAAAGCUUUGACCACUGUGUUUUGUGUUUGCUUUUCCUUUUUUUUCUUUCUUUUUUUUUAACGUUUGGAAAGGUCUUUGUUAUUGGAGAAAAGAAAUGUAAAGGGGACAUUUUUAUUUUGGAUAUUAUCAUCAGUUUCAGUCAGGGCUGAGGUUGAGACUGAUCGAGUGCCGUGCCCUGCAUUGACAAACGUUCUGUUGUUGUAAUUGUCAUCAUAAUGUGUGAUGGCAUUUCAAAUGUACAAGCAACAGAAUUGUAAUAAAAGAGUUCAACCUCUGUUGUUUGUGUUUGAUGUCAGUUUCAUUGUGACCGGACGAGUCUUGCAGGUUCUAAAUAAAGCUGAUCACUUCUUAUCAACACAGCAGCUUGUGCUAGCUCACAGGAACAUUAUCCAUAUCUGAAUCAAUGACGUGGGGCUCAUUUUUUGGUGCAGAUCUUUUCAAAGAUACAUUCAAAUGUAAUUCACACAAAAAAUUACUCUAUGAUGAAUAUGUUUUCAAAUGUCAGUCGGUGUGAUGUCACAAACAUGUAGGUAACAAUUUUGUAGUCAUGUGACAAGAAUCCAUACAACAGAAAAAUAAAGGACGUUGUGCAA